UCUCCAAAAACCUUACAAUCUGGAUAAGAAGAAGAAGAAGAUAAGGGACACGCGUCAAAUAUCCAACACCACCCUAAAAAACAUUUUCUUUAUUUCUUUCUUUCUGAGUUACUACAAAACACAACUUCAAUCUCUAUUACAUCAUUCCCGACAAUGGCUUCAGCUUCAGCGACAUCUACUCUUCUCAAACCAAACCCUCCUCCGCCGCAUAAACCGACCAUCAUCAUCACCGCCUCCUUAUCUCCUCCACUUCGCCACACCCUCCUCCUCCGCCGCGAUUUCCUCUCCUUAACCGCCGCAUCAACGCUUAUUCUAACGCAGUUUCUAGCUCCGUCGCCGGCUUCUGCCGCAGAAGAAGACGAAGAGUACGUGAAAGACACGUCGGCAGUGAUCUCGAAAGUUCGGACGACGCUGUCGAUGGAGAGGACGGAUCCGAACGUGGCGGAUACGGUGGCGGAGCUGAGAGAGGCGUCGAACUCGUGGGUGGCAAAGUACAGGAAAGAGAAAGCGCUACUGGGGAAAGCGUCGUUCAGGGAUAUGUACGCGGCGUUGAAUGCAGUGUCGGGACAUUAUGUGAGCUUUGGACCGACGGCUCCGAUACCGGCGAAGAGGAAGGCGAGGAUUCUUGAAGAGAUGGAGACUGCUGAGAAAGCUCUCUCUAGAGGAAGAUAGAAUUCUUUUUACAAUUUCGUCUUCUUUUACAGUUUCUUGUUGAUGUAACUUCAUUUACACGGAAAUGUCGAUCGAAUUAUAUACAGAGAAACUUGGAAUUUGCUAGUUUGUUUUCGUAAAAUACUUUUAUAUUAUUAACUACUAUUCAUAUCUUAAAGUAUUCCAUUUUUAUACGUAUUUAAAACCCAUUUAUUUAUUUUGAAACAUGAAAGAAGAACAUUUGACGAGCUUUUCCGAGAGAAACUUUUGACUUUUCCGAAAAAAUCUCUCUUCUCUUCUUCAUUCAACCAAAGUUCAGAAAAUUUCUACCUGUUCC